GGAAUGGAUCUGGAAGUUGCAUGCUCCCUCCACGCUGGGUUUCACACGAGUGGAUGGCACUUACUGGUGGCCACGGGAGAGAAUUGACGGGCAGCAUGAAAUUUUCGAGGCUUUUGAGUUUUGACACAUAGUGGGGAGUUUUGGUGGAUAACGGAUCAUACCACCGUAGGUUGAGGACGCUUGCCAUAUCUCUUGGCAGCGUGCAUUUCUUGCACUUGCAGUCUUGCCCCCAGUAGGGCGGGCCCUGGUCGUGGACGUGUGGGCGCGGGACCGGGCUGGGUUGCUGCUUCUUGGCCGAAUGUGGAAAGGUGGGGGCUGCAUCAACCCUCUUAACCUCGAUGCAUGCACAGGGACAGCAUCGAUGCGAGUGACAACGGGCCCAGGACAGGGCCACAACUGCAGAGGCGCGGCAACCCUGCCGGGAUCUGAAUAUCUGCUUCACGGGUGCUUUUUUUGGCCCAAAAAACAGCUCAUCGUGGUGAUCGCGUGCCCUCGCACCCGCUUCGGUUGUUUUAGCCGCUUCUCCUUGGCAUCUGCUUGGCUCCUGCUGGGCUUCUUCUCUCCCGUCGCAUUGCCGCGGUUCCGAGGUGCAAAAAAGGUUCGUGGACAUACCUCUGUACUGGACAACGAUACCACAGUAUAUCCCACGGCCACGAAAGCACCGGCGUCGAAUGUGGCCAUCAUCCUCCCGGAGAUGCGCGCAGCAUGGCGUAUAUGGGACGGGAGCCAGGGAGCCCGCCCUCAGACUCGUAAAACCCCACUAUCCAGCUCUGUAGCGGCGAGCCAGCGAAAAAGGGAUAAGGGUUUGAAAGCGCUCCCGCGAGGCAUACGAAAGUGCCACACCAUAUCGAAUGUUGUCACCGUCGAGUGCGUGCUUCACUCUCUGCCGGAGAAGAGCAUGCGCCUCCUUUGGUCCCUCGGACGACGCCACACCAGGACCAAGACGGACGUCCAAUGCUGGCUCUUGAGAUCAUCCAGAUAAUGCAGCACCGCUCCGAUUGCCAAGAUCGGCUCCAAGUUCUCGGCGCGGGCUGAAGCUUUUUUCCAAGCCGCAGAAGCACGCCAC